AUGGAGCAUGAAUCGUCUUCCCCAGUCGCAUUGCGAACUGGGCGUAGUCAGAGUCGAGCCAGCGAAAUGUCCGAGGGACGACAAGCGCCGUAUAACGCCGAAGGCUUUAAAGACGCUGCUCUUUUGCCCUCAACAUCCAUAGGGUUGUCACUGCGCACGACCGUGGAAGGGGAUUAUCCUGUCACGGAAAUGGCCAGCUUCCAACCCAUGCUCGUAGCUGAGCAACAGUUCGACACGAAUCACCGGCAACAAGGUGUGCUCGAUAAUUGCGCAGCAAAGGCCGCCCCACAACGCCCCUCAAAAGCCGAUGAGAUCGAAGGCACGUCAUUGCCUAUGUCGGGCAUGCUGAUGCCUAAACCAUUAAUUUCAGAUCCGAUGUCCUCCCUAUCAUCAACCAGCCACUAUCCCCUAAAUGACGGCCAGCCGACAACUCCCUGCGUACAGGCUUACAUCAUAAUUUCGAGGCUGAACUACCGUGGCUUAGACUCGGAUUCCAUUACGGCUUGGCUUAGCCCCGGCUUCCGGCGAGCGAGUCUCCUACAAGAGGAGUGUCAGGUCGAGAUGCCCGAUGGCGGGUACCGCUGGGUGUGUCUAGCGUGUUGCUUCACGAUCAACUGCUUUACCUGGGGCAUUGUCGCUUCUCGGCCUUUAGACUAUACGUCCAUUGGAAGUCUAGACUUUGGAAUUGCCAUGCUCUCUGCCCUCUUGGUCACACGCCUGGCGCGCACCGUCGGGAUCAGACCUCUUACCCUUCUGGGCUCUUUCAUAUUUGGAGGGGGUUUUAUGGCAGCGUCCUUUGCUUCUCACAUCUGGCAUCUCUACCUCUCCCAAGGUGUACUGGUCGGCUUAGGGGUUGGCUUCGCAUAUGUGCCUAGCAUUGCCGUUCUUUCCCAGUGGUUUGCGAAGAGGAGAAGCCUCGCCAAUGGGAUAAGUGCGGCAGGAUCAGGCAUCGGCGGUUUGGUCUUCUCUUUCGCCACCGGCUGCACCAUCGACCACCUGGGUACUGGGUGGGCGUUGCGUAUCACCGGAGUUUCCGGGACCUUAGCCAUCUUCGUCACGGCGUUCUUCAUCACGGACAGAAAUGGCAUCGUUAUGCCCAAGCAACACCCCUUCGACCGGAAGCUUAUACGUCGCCUCGACGUGCUCUUACUCCUACUAUAG